CCACCUGUGUGUCGUUAGCCUCCGCCAUCAGUUGGCUCGUGCUUUUUGUCACCUUAUUUACAGUUUUGCACACGGAAUUUUCUGUUGUGGCGAUAACAGAUAUCUGUCCUCCUGAUUUCAGAUAUUUUUAUGGAUUCAUAAUUUUCGGACUCUCUUUUUGGAGAACUUUUGCCUUUUUUGCUUUUAGCUUUCAAAAAGUGGUUGAAGCUGACCUCUGUGUGAUUAUCGUCUCCACAUAUAAACCCCUGUAACCCUGAGAAUUGUUUGCUUGUGUCAAUAGAUGGAAAAAGGUGAACUUUUUGCCACCUCCUCAUGCCUCCAUAGGCCUGAUGCCUCCUCACACUGGACGGGCUGUAAUCUCGUCAGGACCAUGAUCCCCUCGCCACUGUCCCACCACGAGUGCUGGAGCCCCAAAUCUGAGCCACUGCUGCCAGGAGCUGAAGCAGCGUCUCUCUGGUGGACAGAGGGACCGACACAGAGAUGCUGACAGUCUAACACAGGCUCUCCACAUUUAUUCCACGUCCUGGCCAGAAGACCACAGCCACGCCAACAGUGUGACGUACAACUGAAGACGCGUUGAGGUGCCUCAUCCACUACAUCAACAACAGCCUAACCUACAGGCAGCACAGAGGUCCCUUUUUUCAGACCAUUCGGCUGUACAUGGAGACCCCCAGUUGGGCAGAAACCAAGCCAGGAAUUGGUCUGUGCAAACCAGGAACCAUUGCUCUGUUUGGUAACGUGGUGUACAGCGGGCUGCUCAACGAGCACUUCUGGCAUUUCGGGGUUCCCCUCGUCACCAGACUGGGUAACCAAGAGGCCCCAGCUCCUCCUGAAGCCAUGGCCCAGCCCUUCCCACCAGCCCAGUACCCUGCUCCGCCACAGAAUGGGAUCCCCGCUGAGUAUGCCACGCCCCACACCCACCCACCGGCUGACUACACGGGACCAAGCACGGUGGCAGAGCACGCCCUCACCCUGUACACGCCGACACACACGCACAGCGAACAGCCGGGAACUGACAGCCACACCCCCACCCUCACAGCCAAUACAGUAACGCAGGCGGAGGAGGCCGUACAGACGGAGGGCUCCCAGCAGCUCCACCUGCAGGCCAACGACUCAUCCGGGAAGCAGCAGCCCAAGAGGUUACACGUCUCCAACAUCCCCUUCCGUUUCCGAGAUCCUGACCUGCGGCAAAUGUUUGGGGUGAGACGACAACACACUUGUAUGUGUCAGUGAUGAGUUGAGCUUCAUUGGAGAAC